AUGCAAGGUACCUCUUCAAAACAAACUCUUAUCCAUCCAUCACGCAACCAAGUUGUCAAAGAGGAUGUUUUAGGACAACAAAAUUUCUUUUUACAACAGCAAUGCAACCAUCUUUAUCCUCGUCAUUACCACCGCUAUCGUUACCAUUAUCAUCAUCAUCAUCAUCAUCAUAACGACUUUGAUGAUAACGACUUUGAUGAUGACGACCUUGAUGAUGACGAUAAUGAUGAUGAUGAAAGUACGAUCACCUCCACGACAUUUUCUACUUCGACUUCCACGGCUACGUCUAUAACAAAUCACACAACAACGAUGAACAAUGGAUGGAUGGGUGCCAGCACAACCAUAUCAUCGCCAUCAUCAUCAUCAUCAUCGACGAACGAUCCACAAACCUCGUCUUUACCUUCUGCUGCGAUUAUCGGCAUCACCAUAGCAACACUUUUUGUCUUGAGUUUGAUUAUCUCGGGUUUCUUUUUGUUAUGGUAUCGUCGUCGUCAACAUCAUCCUUAUCAUGAAAUGGAUACAACAUACCGGGACGUAUCGCCUUUUUGUUACAACCCCACACCGCAUAUGCCUCCACCAAGUCCAGAACAUGUUCAUCUGACAACCGAUUCUAUGUUAUCCACUCGUCCUCUUCUCCGUUCAUUUUCGAAACAUCUUGUCGAUGUACACUACUAA